CUGGGCACACCUGGGCCAGCGCCGCAGUUACCUGCGGGAUUGGUGAGAGCGUUUUCGCGAGGUCGAAAACUCCGGAUAAUCAAAAACUCAGAAUUUCUGUAAUAAAAGAAAUGGUUGGGGAAGGAGCCAAAAUUAUUGGUAUUCUGAACAUUUCAUUAUAUCAUAUAGAGACUAUGAAGGGUCUUAUUAAGAUUGUGCUAUGCCUUGUAUGACUAAGACCUCUUACCAAGAAUACCUGUCAGACCAUAAAACCACUGCCAAGGAGUGCAGGGGUGGCAAUGAAACAGCCCAACAGGAAAAGGAAGCUUAAUAUGGAUUCCAAAGAGCGUUUGGAUCAGGACGGAUGCUUGGAGCAAGCUGAAGAAGAAAAGAAGUCCAAGGAUGGCACAAUCCCUUUGAGUCACGCCCCUUCAGCGGCUGCACAGGGAGCAUGGUCUUGGGAGUGGUACUUGAAAGAACAGAAGGCUGUCGCAGCACCUGUUGAGCUGUUUUCCAAGGAUCAGUCCUUUCCCGAGCAUGAAAAUGGUUUUCAGAUUGGAAUGAGAUUAGAAGGCAUUGAUCCCCGACAUCCAUCGGUAUUCUGUGUGCUUUCUGUAGCGGAGGUUUGUGGUUACCGUCUAAGACUUCAUUUUGAUGGUUAUUUAAGUUGCUAUGAUUUUUGGACCAAUGCUGGUUCCCCUGACAUUCAUCCAGUAGGAUGGUGUGAAAAGACCAAACAUGAAUUGCACAUCCCUAAGGGUUAUAGAAAAGAUAAGUUUGUUUGGAUGGAUUACCUGAAGGCCUGCAAAUUGCAAAAUGCUCCAAAGAAAUUAUUCAGAAACAGAAGCCCUAAUGGGCCAAUGCCUAAAGAAUUUCAGGUUGGAAUGAAGCUGGAAGCCGUCGACAGGAAGAACCCUUCCUUGGUGUGUGUGGCGACCAUAGCAGAUAUUGUUGAAGAUCGCUUACUAGUGCAUUUUGACAACUGGGAUGAUAGUUACGAUUACUGGUGUGAUGUUAAUAGCCCUUACGUCCAGCCAGUUGGUUGGUGUCAGGAGAAUGGAAGAACUCUGAUAGCACCCCAAGGUUAUCCCAAUCCAGAAAAGUUUUCCUGGACAGAAUACCUGGAAGCUACUCAAACCAAUGCAGUUCCUGCCAAAGUUUUUAAAAUGAGGUUGCCUCAUGGUUUUCUGCCAAAUAUGAAACUUGAAGUUGUGGAUAAACGGAACCCCAGGUUAAUUCGUGUUGCUACGAUUGUAGAUGUUGAUGACCAAAGAGUAAAGGUUCAUUUUGAUGGUUGGGACCAUAAGUAUGACUACUGGGUGGAGGCAGACAGCCCUGACAUCCACCCGAUCGGAUGGUGUGAUGUCACAGGGCAUCCUCUGGAAGUGCCGCAGCGAACGAAUGACCUGAAGAUCCUUCCAGGUCAAGCUGUCUGUCCUACUCCCGGGUGCCGAGGAAUAGGCCAUAUCCGUGGUCCACGUUAUUCAGGACAUCACAGUGCUUUUGGCUGCCCGUAUUCAGACAUGAACUUGAAAAAGGAGGCAACACUUCAUGAUCGUUUGAGAGAACAAACACAGGCAAAUUUGGAAUCAGACUCUUCACAUUCGAAAUCAAAAAACCUCUGUAGUUUGAACUUCAAUGGAAAACAUGAAAAGGUGAACAGUCAACCCAGACUUGUACAGCAGGCAAAGUGUUUGAAAAUCAAAGGAAAAGAAGAUAUUGACUUGGAUAAUCUCUUCAGAGUGCUUGUGCUGCAUCCCAGCAGUUUGGAAUCCUCAGCGGAGCAGGCGCAGCAGGCACUUCACCAGUCAGUGUUCAUGUCCACGGUGUCAGCCCACCCUUUUCGGGACCUUCCCCUCGGCAGGGAGCAACACUGCAAGCUGCUUCCAGGCGUGGCUGAUAUCCGGGCCAGCCAAGUGGCACGAUGGACUGUGGAUGAGGUGGCUGAGUUUGUGCAGUCUCUUCUGGGCUGUGAAGAACAUGCCAAGUGCUUUAAGAAAGAGCAGAUUGAUGGCAAAGCCUUCCUGCUUCUGACACAGACAGACAUUGUCAAAGUGAUGAAGAUCAAACUGGGCCCAGCACUGAAAAUUUACAACUCUAUCCUGAUGUUCAGGAAUUCCCAGGACCUCCCUGAAGAAGAUACUGUCUCAGGCCAAGAAGUCAAGGGAUGAUUGCGCUCCCUGAACCCCUCUGGCACCAGGAGCUGCGCUCUUUCAGCAAUAAAAGUGGAGCACAUUAAUUUGAUGUGAAUGUCCAAUGGCCAUAUCCACAUUGAAUCUGGACUUUUUCAAGUGUCUGUGAUUUGUUUAUAUGUUUAGAGGAUUUUGAUGACUGGUCCAGUGCCAAUGAUUCAGAGGCUUAGGCCCAUCUGUGGGUCUGGUUUAUGAACAUUGUUAUCUUUGGUGGGAUCCGUUCAGCUCUAACGUGUUUGCAAGACAGACCAAAGAAGCCCACACAUCCACCUUUAUUCUUCUCCGUCACCAGAAAAGAAACCAUUUUCCAUUUACAAGCAUAACACUGUCAAGCGGUAAAAUAUUAGAAAAGCAGCGUUCAUGAAUACAUUGUUAAUGUUUUUACCAGAACAACGUCGAGCUUGGCUCAGAUCUGCCAUGGAGCACAGCUAGUCUAAGACCUAGAGGCCUGGUGCUUUCAAAAGACUUCACGUGAGAUUUUUGUGUACUUUACUCAGGAAAGUGUGAAUCUCUAAAAAAUAAUAAUAAUAAGCACAUGUUUUCAUGAUUCAUUCAUUCUCCUUUUUGUUCCAUUAUCCAUUUCUUGGUUGUGCUCCCAAGGUUUCCUGGAGCCUCCACAAAGGAGUGUGACCAGGAUUAACAAGAGGACGGCGAGAUGGGCACUUCCAAAAGCUGGAGAGACCCUUCUGAGGACCCUCCACCAUCAGCGGGGCCUCAGGGGACCCUGUCCUAACACUGGUGUGGCCGGUGGGCCAGACCCUCACCUGCACAGAACUCCUCCCUGCUCCCACUCUGAAGGGCAUUUCAGGACUGACUGAUUUCCACCACAGUCUGCCAGAACCCCUGUAACAAGGAGCUGUGUUAUAUUACGUCUGGGGCUGUGUGCAUCUUUACAAACGGAGACACACUGUUCAAAGGGAAGAUCUCUAAAGUAGGGAGCGUGGUACCUAUUCUUUGUCUGAAACAUUCCGAUUUGUUGUCAGGCUUUAUUUGUGUUUUGUAAGUGAUUGUAUCCGAGGCUUAAAUUGUGUGGAAUCAGUCCCACAGUUUUGAAAGACAAGUACCUCUUUUCUGACACUUGUUACUACUUUUACAGGUAGGAACAGCUAUAAAUGCUCUCCCGGCAGUGGAGAGCCACCAUCUGUGGGUGGAGAGAAAGAGGGAAUAGAUUCUAAAAAGAGGUUCUAUGUCCACUUGCUUCAUUAAGAAUGUUAAGGUUUAAGAAAGUUGAUUCUGCUUGGAGAAUUUCUCAAGCUUUACAUUUUUUUUUCACUGAAGAAAAUAAACUCUAAGAUGUGUGCAUAUAUAACAUUUCUUUAGAUCCUUACCUAAAUGAAAUUUUAAUAUAUUAUUGGUUGAUGUAAAUUUUGUUUCUGUGGAGUUUUGUUUGUUGUUUUGCUUUUUGUAGACUGCCAUGUGCAGUUAAAAUUCCUGCUUCUGCCAUGUUAAAAUUUUAAUAUAUUUUAAAUGAUAAUAAAGAGAGAAAACAAAAUUUAUACGUCA